AUGGAUCCUUGGUUCCUCAUCCUCAUUUCUAUCUCCCUAUCCAUCUCCAUCUCUGGCCUUCUCAAAUUCGUUUUCAACCGAAAUUUUAUCCACAAGAGUCCUACUCACCACAAACUCCCUCCAAGCCCCCAAUCCAUUCCAGUAAUCGGCAACCUCAUAUGGCUCCGCCGCAUAUCUGCCUCUAAUAUCCAAUCCAUUCUCCACUCACUCCAUGCCAAGUUUGGCCCCAUUCUAACCAUCUACUUAGGCUCUCGCCCUUUUAUCUUUAUAGCCGACCGCUUCCUCGCUCACAAGGCCUUAAUCCAAAAUGGUGCAAUUUUGGCUGACCGUCCACCAGUUUCUGCUACUCAGAAAAUUAUCAGCAAUAAUCAGCAAAUUGUUAGUCUUGCUUUCUAUGGCCCGACUUGGCGUCUCCUGCGGCGUAACCUUACUGAAAACUUUGUCCAUCCUUCCUGCGCGAAAUCUUUCUCUCAUUCGCGCCGGCGGGUGCUAAAAAUCCUUAAGAAUCGCCUGGAAUCCCAAGAAAAAUCUGGUCAGCCUAUUUGUGUAAGGGAGCACUUUCUCUAUGCCAUGUUUUGCUUGUUAGUCAUAAUAUGCUUUGGCGAUAACGUUGAUGAAGACCAGAUUAAACAAAUCGAGGAAGUUGAGCGACGAGCGUUUUUGAAUUUUCAAAAAUUUAAUAUACUCGACUUAUGGCCAAGAGUGACCAAGAUCGUGUUGCGUAGGCGUUGGGAGGAAUUCUUUCAGCUACUUAAAUUGAAACAUGAUGUAGCAAUCCCAUUAAUAAGAGCAAGAAAGAAGUUGCAAGAGGAAGAGAAGACAAGCAUGGAUGCUCAUCAUGAUCAUGUUGUAUCUUAUGUUGAUACAUUAUUAGCUCUGGAACUUCCUGAUGAAAAAAGAAGUCUCAGUGAGGAGGAAAUUGUUAACUUAUGCAGCGAGUUUCUAAAUGCGGGCACUGAUACUACUACAACUGCCUUGGAAUGGAUCAUGGCAAAUUUGGUCAAAUACCCAAAAAUUCAAGAAAAGUUAUUCAUGGAGAUUAAAGGGGUUGUUGGAAAUGGAGAUCAGGAGGAGGUAAACGAAUCUGAUUUGAAAAAGAUGCCGUAUUUGAAAGCGGUGAUUUUAGAAGGCCUAAGGCGCCAUCCUCCUGCACGGCUUUUGCUUCCACAUGCGGCGACGGAGGAUGUUGUUUUGAGUAAUGAAUAUUUGAUACCAAAGAAUGCGUCCGUAAAUUUCCUGAUUGGUGAGAUGGGGUGGGAUCCAAAGGCGUGGGAAGAUCCCAUGGCAUUCAAGCCGGAAAGGUUUCUGAACCAGGAUAAUGGAACUAGGCAAGAAUUUGAUGUCACUGGUAGUAGAGAGAUCAAGAUGAUGCCAUUUGGUGCAGGGAGGAGAAUUUGUCCCGGUCAUCAAUUAGCAACGCUUCAUUUGGAGUAUUAUGUGGCUAAUUUGAUUUGGAAAUACGAGUGGAAGGCUGUGGAUGGAGACGCCGUUGAUUUGUCUGAGAAGACAGAGCGUACAGUAGUGAUGAAAAAUCCAUUGCAGGUCCACUUAUCCCCAAGAUAA